CCACUUGUUUUCCAGGUGUGGUUGGUGAGACAGAUGGAAUGAAGUCAGUGUCAGUAUCCGUGACGGAGGGAGAGUCUGUCACUUUACGCAAUGAUGCUGAAAUACAGAAAGAUGCUCUGAUGCUGUGGAGGUUUGGAGAUAAAGGUGUCCUCCUGGCUAAAAUCGAUAUCGAGGCCAACGAGACCUCAUUACACGACACUGAUGAGAGAUUCAGAGGUCGACUGCAGCUGGAUCUUCAGACCGGAUCUCUGAUCAUCACAAACACCAGAACAAAUGACUCUGGACUUUAUGAACUACAGAUCAGAGGCAUUGAGAGCUCACGGCGAUUCCUUCUGUCGGUCAAUGCUGUCCCAGAACCACAGCUUUCUUCAGGUGCUAAAGCAGGGAUCAGUUUUGGUUUUUUAGUUCCUGUUCUUCUACUUGUGGCCGCAGCUUUAGCUGCGUUUUACUACCGCCACAAGAUCUUUAAAUUAAAAAAGAAAAUGGACGAAGAGAAGAAGUCAGUGAUGGAGGGAGAUUCUCUAACUCUACUCACUGGUCUUACUAACAAACAGGGUAUUGAUACGAUAGAGUGGUGCUAUGAAAAUGAAGACAAUCGCGUUGCUGAAAAUAAUAAGGGGACCAUUGAGAAAUUUACCGGUGCUGAUGGGAGAUUCAGAAGCAAACUGAGGGUGGAUGAAGAAACUGGAGCUCUUACCAUUAGCAACAUCAGAACCAUACACUCUGGACUCUAUAUACUAAAGAUAAGCAGCAGCAGCAGCAGGAAAAGUGGCUGUGGCACCAAAAGCACCACAAGAACAAAACGCAAGAGAUUCAUUGUUACUGUCAGUGUGAGGACAUUGCCAGUGAAUGCGGGAGAUCCUGUCACUCUCGAGACUAAAGCUGAAUUACAGAGCGAUGAUCUAAUGCUGUGGACAUUUGGACCUGAAAACCGCCUCGUUGUUAAAACUGAUUCAGGAAGGACUAGCAUUAGUGAGAGUUUCAGAGACAGACUGGAGCUGGACAAGAAAACUGGAUCACUGAUCAUCAGAAACAUUGGAAUCACAGACUCUGGACAUUUUAAACUACAGAUCAUCAACAGCAAACAGACCACAUUCAGAAGAUUCAAUGUGACUCUCAUCGGUUCCACAGAAGAAGAAGUGAAUGAAGAGACACAGCUAAUCAGAGGAGAUGUUCCUGAUGGAGUGAAUGAGCAGCAGGCGACGAGUUCCGUUUGAUGAGAUAGGACACGCCCACCAGUGUCAAUCACUGUGACAUCAUCAACAGUCAAGCUCAACAACAUUUGAAAAAUGAACCCGUGUGCUGCAAAAAGUUUGAAUGAAUUCUUGUGUGAUGAGCACGUUUAACAACAGGUUACAGAAUAUGCGAUAUCUGAUGUGGCACGAGCAGAGAGAGUUUCAAGCCUCAAAGUUAACUAUUCGCUGUCCACACUGAGGAUGUGUGACACUUUCAAAUGAUCUGGGGUGCUACAAUUACCAAAUCAGUACUGUAAAUAGCUGUAGCUGCAUUGUUCACUACAUCUGAACUGAACACUGAACAAUUUGUCCUUUAAAACACUACUGUGCUUUUUGUCAGUGUUUACCUAUGUUAUGAGUUUUUAUUUUCACUGUAUUUUCAUAUCAGAAUUAAUUUCUUGUUACUUUCAUUGUUAUAUUAUUUUUUAUAUUAUCCCAUUUUAUAUUAUUAUUUUAUAUUAUUUCUCUGUUAGUAGUAUUUAUGUUGUAAGCUAUGCUGCAUUAAGUCAGAGAUAAGAGAAAGUCUCUAUUUCGAAGUUUUGUUGUCAUGUGAUGAUGAAUGAAGUUUGGUGAUGAUGAUGA